CGAGCGGGCGCGGGGGCGGGCGCGUCAUGUUGAUCCCGGCCAUCCUCAAGAACAGCACGACUGGGUACAAGAACGUGACGUACAACCGCAGCAGAGAGAAGUUCGUGGCGCAGGCGCAGGACGACGGCAGGCGCGUCCACCUCGGCUACUUCGAAACCGCCGAAGAGGCGGCCGUCGCCUACGCUCGCUCAAAGUACGGCCGCGCCGACGCCGCCAAGCAGCUGCAGCCCCGCGCUGCUCCCACUGCCGAUGGCCUCGAGGCCAUACGGCAGGCGGAGAGGGAGGGCCUCACCCUGGUCACCAGCGGCAGCACCAGCGGAUACAAAGGCGUCUGCUACCGCCCGAAGGAGCGAGGCACCAAGAAGUACAAGCUGGAGGUGACGGCUGAAGGCAAGAGUCUCUACCUCGGCUGGUUCGCCACCGCCGAGCAGGCGGCGCUCUUCUACGCCCGCAGGGAGGCGGGCAGGGACACCAGCGAUCUCACCUCGCCGCCGCCGCCGCCGCCCACCUCUGCCGCCGAGGCAGUCCGGCAGGCAAAGAGGGAGGGCCUGACUCUGACUAAGAGCAGCGGCAGCAACAGCGGCUACAGGGGCGUGACCUUCAAGCCGAAGGAGCGAAGCAGCAAGAAGUACGAGCUGAGGGUGGGGUCUGGAGGCAAGCAGAACUUUCUCGGCCUCUUCGCCACCGCCGAGGAGGCGGCGCUGGCGCGCGCGCGGCACCUCCGGGACACGGCCGUCCGCCUGCUCGAGCCGCCGCCGCAGCAAGCACCGCCGCAAGGCGCAGCAGGGCCUUCCGAGGCCAGCAGCUACGAGGAGGCGGAGGACGGCUUUGACCCGGCGGACAUUGCCGCUGCCGUCUCUCUCGCUGCUCUCCGACCCGCCGCCUUCCGCGAGCGAGCAGAGGGCGGCGAGGCGGCAGGCUCGCGCAGCGGAGCAGGCGGCGGCGGCGUUGGCUGAAGCGGCGGCGGGUGCUGCUUCGCCAUGGGACGACGAGGCGGAGGAGGAGGCAGAGGUGCAGGGGAGCGAUAGCGGGUUGCGGGGGAUGGAGGUUGAGGCCGGCGCCGCAGGAAGGGUGGCGGCGGAGGUGCAGCGUAGUGACACUACUCUAGAGGUGCGAGGCAGCGACCCAUUCCCGACGUUUUGGUAAUUCUACGUCAGUAGAC